AUGGCUAACGUGACAAUUAUUAGUAACAAUUAUAUUAAAUCUUCAAAUGAAACUACACAACCACAAAUGGAGAAUAAUAUUGAUAUAUUUCUUGAAGAUGAUAACAUCAACAUUCAACAAGAAAAGGAACUUUUUGAAUUACAAUGUAAUGAAUUAGAACAACAAUUAAAGGAAAUAAAAUCUCAAAUUCAAUCAUUGAAACAAAAGAAUAAAGAUUUAGAAAAGAAAGUUGGAAUUGCAACGAAUUUCAAUUCAAAUGAUGACAAUAUCAUAUUUAAUAAUGAUAUUAUAGAAUUACAUGAUACUUUGGAGAAUUAUGUUACAAAUUUGAAACCUAAAAUAGAUGUUAAUAUAAAUGAAGUAAAAAAACUUUUAAUUAAAUAUGGAUGUCAAUCAAAGAUUUCUUAUAAAGAUCAAAACAAACCACUCAUCAAAGCUGUAUUACAACGCCACGUACUUGAAGAAAUACUUGCUCAAGCGGAUUUCUAUUUUUCACGUUCAAAUAAUAUUAAUAAUAUUGUAGUUUAUCAAAAUAUGAUAAUGACAUCAUCCGAUGAUGAUAACUUUAUUCAUAUUAUCUCAAAAAAGAUCAAUAGGAUGAUGAAUAAAUAUCGUAAAAUUAAUGAUAUUAAAAGGAAAAAAUAUGUAAAUUCAUUAGCGAAAGAUUUGGUUCUAAAUGUUAUUAGAAUCUUUUAUUUUAAUUUACUUAUUCAAGAACCAGUAAUUCAUUAUCAUUGGUUUAAUAAUAAUGAAAAAAUAAAUAAAUCUUACAUGAAAGGUAGUUGGGAUGAGGAUGAAAUUGAAAAUUUGGUUGUUGAAAUUUGUUCUUUUCCACUAAUUUUGAAACCAAUUUAUCCAAAUGGUUUAAAGUUUGUACUCCAGCGAAGGUUUUUCCAUUUCAUAUUAUGA